AUGAAAAAGAUGGACCCUCCAUCUAUCAAGUUGGACAACAGCGGCACUGGCCCCUUGCGAGUCCCUGGUUUCAAUGGUGUACCCCUUUUCUAUGAACAUCCAAAAGACAAUCGGUUUGCACAUGGAAUUUGCGAUUGGAGACAAACUCCCCAAUUGUUUUUGGUAGAGCUUUCCAUGCUGCAGUUCAUGUCGUAUGUCACGGAACAGCUGGACUGGGAAAACCAGACCGAAGACCCGCAGACACUGGAAGAAUGGCAUCGGCACGCCGUUUCGGUCUUUGAUCUCGAUGAAUCCUCAUGGCAGUGGUGUGUAAAGGAGUUGCGAGACAAAGCCUCUGAUUUCAAACGCACGGGCUAUGUUGCUGUGUUUGAUGCGGACUCCCGAGUCAUCAAAUCUCAUGUUCAUGACGAUCUUCUCAAAGAGCUUCAAGAAUCCAUGUCGUCGCUAUUUUCGGAAUCGAAUUCUGCUUCGUCUACUGCCUCGGGGGAUCUCAAUGAGAGUGGUUCAAAGAGUCCGGUUCGAGAUGUGAUUGACCCCUUAAUGUAUCCUCUCAUUUAUGGGCGAACUCGAGUCCUUGCCGACGAGGGCAAAGUGGAUCUGGAGAGACCUGAGUCUUGGAGACCAUCACAGUCCCAUAUUGCUCCGGUUCCCGAGAAACCAUCCGACAGACACGAAGAAAUGCAUCCCAAAGAGAGAGAAAAAAGAGACGUAAGGGAUAGCCGACAUAUUGGAAAGCAAAAGUACUGGUCCAAUGCUUUUCAAUAUCUUCCAUGCGAGGUUGCUCUGAACGAGCAAGGAGGAGUCAAAAUUACCUCCUAUGUCAAUGGUGUGCAUCCCAAGGAAAGGGGCAUAUACAAAGCACUCGAAGGACUCAUUUCAGCCGCUAUAGAACCAUGGAAUGAAAUGCUUAUCCGUGGAGAUCAAGGUCGGACACCAAUGCGAAUCAGAACUUAUGACUUCCAGGUGGAAGGCAUUGAUGGAUACCCAUUAGGGUAUCCUAAGUUAUAUUUGUACCUGAACAACGCGAGGGAGGGACGAUCACCUCCCAUCACAGAAGAAGAAUGGCCUGAUGUUCGAUCAAGAGUAAGAGAAUAUCUUAACCUCCCCGAACCCGAGAAGCGGUACCGCAUAUGGCCUGAAUCUGGGUACCAUGACCUUCUCGCUAGUAUGCAGCCAUAUCAAUGGAAUUCUUCUGAAGAACUGGAAGGACUGAUCCUCGCAAAGAGUAGCCGUUUGUUCGCCGUGAAAGGUGUUGAGCCGGGGAUCUCCUUCACAUACGAUGAAUGGAAGACUGGUGAAAAUACAGGCCGCGCGAUCAUGCCCAAAUGGAGUGACCCUGAUGAACCUGAAAGUCCUCCAAUUCCUGAUCCAGAUCACCAGUACUACUCUAUAUCUCUCCAAGAUCAAUUUGAGGGCCUACAGAUCAUAGUUCGAGUGUCAACUAUUGAGCUCACUCCAGAAAAUCCUUCGUAUAAAGGUGAUUCCCAUCAUAACGUUGCUGGUAUCCUCAAUGAGCAUAUCGUUUCUACGGCCGUAUGCUACUUUGAUUUACACAACAUCAAAGACACAAAAGUUUUAUUCCAACAAGAGACGAAUAUCCGUAGCUAUGAUUUCAAUAUUGAGAAGUUCAUGGCUAUGGAUCGACUUUUUGAUAUUCCUGAGUGGCUAUGCGACGAUCCUUGUUCCCCCGAUGCGCUACAGACCAUAGGGUCUAUUCCAGUUUCACGAAAUGGGCAAUUUCUUGCCUGGCCCAAUACACUACGGUCUAAGGCCGAGGCUUUUAGUCUCGCAGAUCCACUGCGGCCAGGAUACCUUCGAUUUGCGACUUUGUGGUUGGUAGACCCGCAUUAUCGAAUCUGCUCAACUCAAAAUGUGCCUCCCCAGGACCCAAGCUGGGUCAAAACAUCACAAUCCAUGAAGAACGCACGAAAAGAUGAUUCUAUGACAGUUACGCAGGCGGUUGAGGCUCGAAAUCAAAUGAGACAGGAGAGAGACAAAAUAAGCAAGGAUUUUCUGAAAUACGGACACGGCUAUCACACAUAUUCGGAAGAAUACCUGAUUUGA